AUGUCUCGAGGAAAUGAUUCAGAUAGUGAUGAUUCUCUCACUAAUUCACUAGAGAAAGUUGGACGCUUCACUUUGCCAACGUUGUCUUUGUCCUUGGAUACCGCUGGGUAUCAGAGUUAUAUCUCGGAAAGAAGAAACAAAGUCAACCACCUUAUCAAUGAUUUGACCAGGGGAUUUUCAAUGCAAAGGGCUCUGGAGAGAUUUCAGCCUGUCACAGAUAUCCUCAAUGAGAAUAUCAACCUUGUCCUGGACGCCGAACAUGAUGACCAUGAGAAUGAAGAGGAAAGCAUUGUUGAUCCACCUGGAGUCACCAAAGCAAAGGAGCGCCAACAGCCUGUUAUCGAGGAUUUAGUUCUCCCCCAGGAUUUCAAUCGGAAUCGGUCAACGUCAACCACCCUACGUACUCCAGUUCGAUCUCGUUCUAAUACCCAGCAAGACACAUUCAAAAAACUCUAUGACGAGAUCAAGAUCAUUAAUGGGGCAAGUCUAAACGAUGAUGCUUUUCUGAGGAAAAAAAUUAAAUUGAUAUUGGGUCUUCCUACGAUCACUGACAAACAAAAGUCUCUUUUGGUACAGAAACUAAUGUCUAAAUCGUAUUUUGAGCAACAGCAGAAACGCCUUAAUAGAGAGAAUGCAAAUAUGAACAAUUCCGAUACAGAGGACUCAUAUGACGACUCGGAUUCAGAUGAGGGUGAAGAUGAAGUCAUUCUAACUGUUAAUGAUAAAAAACCCUCUUAUCAUGACGAAUCGGCUCAGAUUUUUGGUUGCACUCACUAUCAGACAAAUUGUAAGCUAGAAUGCUCUGUGUGCAACCGUUGGUUUCCAUGUAAGUUUUGCCACGACGAAGUGGUGAAAGAUCACCAAUUGAUGAGAAAUGAAACGAAACACGUACUCUGCAUGUUCUGUGGAACGCCCCAGGCGCCAUCUCAAUAUUGCAUAGAAGAAACUUGUGGCAACAUGUUAGCCUGUUAUUACUGUGAUAAAUGUAAGUUAUUCGACAAUAAUGCCGAAAAGGAUAUUUAUCACUGCGAUGACUGUGGAAUAUGCAGGUUGGGCUUAGGGCUGAACCAAGACUACUUUCAUUGUAGAGGCUGUAAUGCCUGUAUCUCAAUAGAUUUGAAGAACCAACACAAAUGCAUAGAAAAUUCCACCCAUUCAAAUUGCUCCAUAUGUGGUGAGUACAUGUUUAGUUCCACGAAACCUGUCGUGUUCAUGUCCUGUGGGCAUGCAAUUCAUCAAAAUUGUUAUGAUGAGUACACACGGCAUAAUUACAAAUGUCCAGUCUGUCAAAGGUCGAUUGUAAAUAUGGAUGCACAAUUCAGAGUAUUGGACACUGAGAUAUCCGAAAGACCCCUUCCUCUGCCAUUUGGCAACUGGGAGUGCAUAAUAAAGUGCAACGACUGCGGUGCUAAAUCAAAGACCAAAUAUCAUAUUUUAGGGUUGAAAUGUGACAACUGUAAAAGUUACAACACUUCCCAGUUGCGGUUGAUUAAACCUGAACUUAAGAGCCAGUACGAUGAUUACGAGUCCAGUAAGAGCCCCAAAGUGGACCUUCGAUCCAGUUUCGUUCAUAACUCACUUAACACCAACUUUCAAUAUGAUCAAGUUGAUACCAGCGAGUAUGUUGCAGAUGUAGAAGAUGCAGAUUAUGAUGGCGACCAAACUGAAACAAUCGGGAGUCAUUUUGCUGCCACUUUAAAUCGUUUCACCAAUUCAUCUCUUUCGGACACUGCACAGAGAUUCAUAAACGAUAGACUCAAUCUAUUAACUAGAAAACAAUCAAACUCUAGCGCAGACGAAUCCAUGGAUGAAGACUACGUGGACAGCUUUAUCCGAAUACGGAACAACUUCGACAGAUAUACGUCUAUAGGGGAUGCUUUCAGAGAUUGGUUGGAAUCUGCCAAAGAAAGCUUUAGCGUCAAUGGCACGGAUUUUGAGUACCCAAACACCUCAGCCUACGAGUCUGAACCUGACACCAUGAUAGGGGCUAAUAAUAGCGAUGAUAAUUUUGGGGGGUUUUAG